CUGACGGGAGAGAGAGAGAGAGAGAGAGAGUGUGUGUAUGUGUGUGUGUGAGUGAGAGAGAGUGUGUGUGAGAGAGAGCGCGAGCCCUGGGGCUGAGCUGAGCAGAGCUGAGUCUGGUUGCGGCUCGAACUCUGAGCGGAGCAGCAUGGAGUCGCAGGGCUGCGAGGCGCCGAGCUGCGAGGACGUGCGCAAGAGCGGCUACCUCCGCAAGCACAAGUCCAUGCACCGGCGCUACUUCGUGCUCCGCGCGGCGUCCGAGCGCGGCCCCGCGCGCCUCGAGUACUACGAGAGCGAGAAGAAAUUCCGCGGCAAAGCGCCCGUGCCCAAGCGGGCCGUGGCGCUCGAGACGUGCUUCAACAUCAACAAGCGCGCGGACGCCAAGAACAAGCACAUGAUAGUGCUUUACACGCGCGCCGAGAGCUUCGCCGUGGCCGCGGAGAACGAGGCCGACCAGGACGAGUGGUACCAGGCGAUGGUGGAGCUCCAGUGCAGAAGUAAAGCAAUAUGUGACGGCAACGCUGGGGAUUAUGGAGUUCCAACCCCUGGACCUGCCUUUAAGGAAGUCUGGCAGGUUAAGGUGUGGCCAAAAGGACUGGGCCAGGCCAAAAACCUAGUGGGUAUCUACCGACUCUGCCUAACAGACAAGACAGUCAACUUCGUCAAGCUGAACUCAGAUGCAGCAGCUGUAGUGCUCCAGCUGAUGAAUGUGAGGCGCUGUGGCCACUCUGAGAACUUUUUCUUCGUUGAGGUUGGCCGAUCGGCAGUGACCGGCCCAGGAGAGUUCUGGAUGCAGGUGGAAGAUUCUGUUGUUGCACAAAAUAUGCACGAGACUCUACUUGAAGCUAUGAAAGCACUUAGUGAGGAGUUUCGCCAGCGCAGUAAGUCUCAGUCUGCUACAGCGGGGGGAGGAGGAGGUGCUACUGCAUCUAACCCAAUCAGUGUUCCGUCUCGUCGUCAUCAUCCGAACCCUCCACCCAGCCAGGUAGGAUUCAUCAGGAGACCUCGCACAGAGCCACCAGGGGGUGCAUGCGGAGGAGGGGGUGGUAACAGCAACAAUGCAUCCCCUACACCUCGGCACGGCUUUCCCAGAGCACGUACCUCCAGCGAUGGAGGAAAAGUAGAGGAAGGAGUAACUUCAGCAGGUACAGGAGGUGUUGCAUCCAGUUCAAGUCCUACCACAAAUGGUUCCUGCUCUAAUACACCAAUCCUCAGGUCAACCUCUGUACGUACCCCAACACCAAGCAAGGCCCAACAUGCUUUGAUGAGGUCGAUUUCCACACCAGGACAGAACCCCUCCUCCAGCACAGGUAAUGGACCGGACUUUGGGGGGAUGGGUGCUGGGACAACAGGAGACGGUGGUGCAUACAGUCGAAUUCCCCUCCGUCAAACCUCUGUUUCUGGUUCAUUUAGUGACUAUGGUUCCUCAGACGAAUAUGGCUCUAGUCCAGGAGAGCACUCUUUACUGACUCCAACCAUUCAGACAGGAUCUUCAGGUAGCUCAGGUGCGCAGUCUCUUGGGGAUGAAGCGGCCAAUUACAUCCUAAUGGCUCAAAGAGGAGCAUCCAAAUCACUGUCAACACAUAACUCUUUGCCCCCAACCAGAAGAGUCCUGCGACGCUCCUCAAGCAGGGAAAGCGAGGCUGAACGUAGGCUUAUGAGUAAAAGGGCAUCCCUGCCUCCUAUGACUCUUGAGAGACUGGCACCACACCGUAGAGGAGGAGACGUAGAGACUGAGGAAGAAGACUAUGCCAUUAUGUCCCGAAGCACCAGCCGUGAGUCUUUUACCUCUCGUCAGGAUUCAGACACAACUUUUGUUGGAACAGGAUACAUUGAUGUAUCUGCAGAGUCCAAGGGUGAAGCAGGAAAUGGUGGCUCGAGUAUAACUGGGAGUGGUAAUGGAGCAGUUGACAAUGGAUAUAUGUCCAUGUUGCCAGGGGUAACAGCUCCCCCAGUGUCCCCAUCUCACUCUCUGUCUGUAGCAGUGUCAGACACUGACUCUAAACCUGCCGACGACUACAUGGCCAUGACUCCAAACAAUAGUAUCUCGCCUCCUCAACAGAUACGUCUGCCCGUCUCUGGCACAGAUGGUUAUAUGAUGAUGUCGCCCAAUAGCAGCUGCUCUCCAGACCAGCGUGGAGUUCCAGCAGCCUGGGUUGGCAGCAACAGUGCAGACAGCAGGGUUGGCAGCGAUUAUAUGAACAUGUCACCUAUCAGUGCCCGUUCUGCCAACAGCACACCGCCUCCUCAUGAGUCCCUUACUCAAUCCGACCACCAUCCUCAGCAUCCUCCUCCCAAAAUGGUGUAUUCUUAUUACUCUCUACCCCGAUCUUAUAAACACAACACCCCAACGCACUUUGAGGAUGGACCAGGAAAAGAUAAGCGCCCAGGCAGUGGCACUAAUUGUGCUGCUAGAAGUCUUGGCAGUGGUAGAGGCACUUCCCAGGGUCAAGAACCGGGAGUGGGACGGCACUUGUCUCUUUCCUCCUCAUCGUAUUCUUCUAGUUCAGCCAGCAGUGAGAGUCUGGGAGAGGGUGAGGAGAAGGUCGCUCAGACAUCACGAGCAGCAGCAGGGGCUCGAGUGAAGGAUAUCGGCAACUUGCACCAAAAACAGGGAUCUGGGGUAGCUAAGGGACAGGGCCAGAGGAACCGACCCCUUAGUCUAUUUGUGGAUGUCUCUAAAGCCAACACUUUACCGAGGGUUCGUGAGACCCCACUCCCACCUGAGCCUAAAAGUCCUGGUGAAUAUGUCAGCAUUGAGUUCAAGAGUGAGAGAAGCAUCAAAGGAGGAGGCAGUGGAUCUAGAGGACUUAGGCAAGGUGGCUCAGUUCCUUCCAACCCGCAUCGAAACUUGCAGAGGCCCACAUCUUGUGUUGCUGGAUUCUUACCAUUUUCCCACACCCCUUCUACUGCUAUACCCCCGACUACUGAGUAUGUCAACAUGGAGCUGGGAGCUUCUCCAUCCCCUUCAUCCUCAUCGUUAUCCCUCACUCCACUUGGUUUCCCAUCUUUCCCCACUCCUCCAACCCCACCUGCAGCAGCGCCCAAAGCUUGGGAUGAGAAAAGAUCAACCCCCCAAAAUGAAGAGGAGCCUGAGGCAGAAAUGGGGCAUAGCAGGCAUGUAGCAGUCGCUCAGUCAGGGGUCUCCCUUAAAGUGUGUGCAGACUACACAGAAAUGGCCUUUGGUUUAAGCUCAGGCACUACCUCAGACUCUACCCCCCCUAAGGCAACCUUGCCCGACAGACCUGAACCCAUAGUUCCCACCUUGGGCCUGGGCCUUACCUUGGACUUUCCACUGUCCAAAGGCCUUAAUCCAGAUCACGGUGCCAAGGUAAUCAGAGCAGACCCUCAGGGUCGCCGCCGCCAUUGUUCUGAAACGUUUCUUGCCCCUUCAUCAAUAUCCUCAUGCUCUGCCAGCUCCUCUUCUACCAUCUCUGUGUUCAGUGAACACACCCAAGCUAUGGCAAGGCGACUUGGUUUAGACGCUAUGCUGUGGGGCAGUGGCACUUCCCUAGACAUCCCAACUCAGUUCACUAACCCUGGGGUAACUAGCCUUCCUACCACCCAGGCUUCAUCUGCAGAGCAAGGGCUCAACUACAUAGACUUAGAUUUGGCCACCAAGGAGAGCCCAACCCUUGGUGUUGAUGUGCAGAAUGUCUCACAAACACCUGCAGCAAGACUUUUCUCAUCUGUUUUGGGAGGUGGGGCUGCUGGAAGUGCUGCAGCAACAGCGAGUACGAACAGCAAUGCCUCAAACCUCAACACAUACGCUAGUAUUGACUUCUACAAGUCAGAGGAGCUACGAUCACACCAAGGCAGCAGCAGCGGCAGCAGCAGCAAAGACGGUACAGAAUGCUGAUGUCUUGCCUGUACUCCGGAAUUCUGGGAAUUGAAGUCCUGGAGCUCUCCCGCAUGUUCAAGUGCGACUGCCAGAAGCGGAACAGGGGAGAGGGAGGUGCGGCGUGGUGUGUGUCUGCACACACAAGGUCCAGCACGCCUCUCAAUCACGCCUCUCGAGCACUUUCGAAAGACCUAUAAAAAAAAAGAAAAAAGAGAAAGUUCAUCUCUGGUUUUAGUUUGACUUAUUGCAGCAAUCAUUACGAACAAGUGCCAAAAAAAGAACUCUCCUGCCUGCUGCCCGGAUUGUUUUCGUUACAAACAAGCACUGCAGCCAAUCAGAGGAUGCGGCGAAGGAGCCAAUAAGGUCCGACAGUCGGGCGCACGGACAGUUUGGAGCUGAAUACUCACAAAAGAAUUCGAUCAGACAAUGGCUGAACUUGAAGUUCUCAAUUCUUGAAUAUGUUAUACAUAAUUUGCAAAAAAAAGAAGUGCCUAUUGUUCAUGAUUGUAGAUGUUUCUGCUUGAUUUUGAGGAACUGGCGUGAACUUUCAGAGAGAAGCUUUUAAUUUUUUAUAGUGCUGGAAGUGAGCUGAGGAGGCAAAAUCAUCAGGAAGAGAAUGUCUGGGGUGGUACAGCAGUGUGAAUGGUUUAACUAAUGAUGAUAAUAAUGAUGUUAAUAAUGCUGAUGUUGAUAAUGUUGAUGUAAAAAGCCCUCAAAUAGCCUGUGAUGUUCUUAGCUAAUUAGCAUAGCAGCUUUAAAAUAAGCCUCAAUACCCCAGAGCCGCCCCACUACUGACACUACUGUCUUUCUCCAUGUUCCUUCUGUUCUUAGCUUUGUCUGGAAAUGAUCUGUGUAAAUACAAAUAAAACACCAUUCGUUCAUAACUGAGCAGCUGCAAUGCUGGACAGACGUUACAGUAGGGGUGUAAUGGUACACAAAUCAUGGUUCAGUUUGUAUAACAGUUCAAAUGUUACUGUUUAAUACAACCACAGGGGAUAGACAUGCACAGACUAACCUACAGCAGUUUCCUUUGUUACAUUUAUUCUGCUUUUAUUUAGUAAGUCACAGUGUGUUCCACCUAGUGCUGUAGUAUAGUCCUCUCUUAGUAAGUACAGGGACAGCCUGUAUUGUACCCGUUUCUGCACACAUUCCACAACCAGGAUUCAGCAUUUAAUAUAAGAUGGAAAAGGCAGAAUGUCUGUUAAAUAUAUAUGUUUCCACAAUUUUCCUGCAAACAGAACAGAAAUAAGGAAAAAACAUAGACUACAGCAAGAGAGGAGGGGGUGUGGGUUAGUUUCCAGGUUGACCUGUUUGUGAAAUUUGGUUCCACAUGACAGUUGUCUAUGAUCUUCAUCUAUAGAAAUGGAAUAUGACAGCCGCUUUAAAAGUUGACUGUAAAAAAGCUGUGAAAAACAGGCUGUGGCCUAAUGUUAUGUUUACAAAGCAGAUAAAAGUGUCCCAAAGGAAAAACCCAAGAAAAUUGUUUUUUUUCAAUUCUGAUCUGGUCCAAUUCAAUAUGUAGUAUUAAAAUCUGAUAUGUAUUCAUACUCUGAAUGAAUGAUUAGAAUUCGUGCAACUUUUAUGUUGAGGAAAAUAAAACAAAUUACUGUGAAGAAAAAAAGGUAAAAAAAAACAGAAGCAGUGAAUUCAAAACGUCAGUGGUAGUAAAACGAGGUAACACCAAAGCUCUGAAAUAUUUGAACUAAUGUGGACUAAUAUCUGUAUAUCUUAAUAUCUAGUAUUUAUCAGCGAGCUCAAGCUAAUUCUUGGUGAUUAGCUAAGAAUCCAUCUGCAGCCUGAACUCCUUCACAGAUUAUAACAAGAAUUAAAGUGAAACUUAACAUGAAGCAUUGCUGUUUGGCACAUGUCCAUCACAGAGAGGACUAUUCAGAGAGAUGUCAGAUGGGUCACAUUAAAAAGAUUGUAUGAACAGCCUAAAAUAAAUAUUAGAUUUGGCCAGAAAAUCCUUUUUGGGCAAUUUUUCCUGCUGUGUGAACAUAGCCGAAGUGCCCCUAGUGAAAAUGAUCAACAUGCCGAGUUCUUGCACUUUAUUAUAAAGUGUGUUGUGCCACAUUUUUGAACCCAACUAUGCACAUAAAACAGCCGGCAGAGCUCAAAGCAUCUGUACUUGUGCUUUUUGCAAAGUUUGUUUUGGGCAUAAGCCUACCAUGUACUCUUUAAACAACUGUGUGCACAAACACACAUAUCGUUACACCCCUACUUUACAGAGAGUUGGCAGACAUCCCAUUAAACCUGAUGAGAGAAACUGUAGCACGCUUGGUUUAGAGGCACUACAGUUCAUUACCUUACUUAAAGCUGCUUCCCUCCUGAGCUGAACUUUGUUGGUUUAACAUGUUGUCAAAAUGAUGACAGCAAAUUUACUACCAUGCUACUUAUCAGGUGGAUGGUAGGACAACUUUGUAAAUUUUGUCCAACCUGUUCACCUGUUACAUUUUACAUACAAAAAACAAAACAUAUUAAUUGAUACGUUGAAAUAUAUACAGCUCUGGAAAAAAUUAAGAGACCACUUCAGUUUCUGAAUCAGUUUCUCUGAUUUUACUAUUUAUAGGUAAAUGUUUGAGUAAAAUGAACAUUGUGCUUUUAUUCUAUAAACUUCGGACAACAUAUAACCUGAAAUAAUGCAAACAAAACAAUUAAAGAUCUCUUAAAGAUGUAAGAGUUCAAUAGAGUUCAAGAGAAAUCAAUAUUUGGUGGAAUAACCUUGGUUUUUAAUCACACUUUUCAUGCAUCUAGUUGUGUUCUCCUCCACCAGUCUUACACACUGCUUUUGGGUAACUUUAUGCUACUUCUGGUGUAAAAGUUCAAGCAGUUCAGGUUGGUUUAAUAGCUUGUGAUCAUCAAAUUUGGUAAAAUCAAAGAAACUCAUCAUUUUUAGGUGAUCUCUUAUCAUAUUUUUUCCAGAGCUGUAUGUACUGCACAAGCUGAGGGGUGCGCUACAGUUUCUUAUCAGGUUAUACUGGAUAGUGUCCAGCCUUGCAGCAGGUCAUCUACAAAAUAAGAGCUUACAUUUGGUGACACAGCAUGAAUACCUUUCUUUUUCUUUCUCUGUGUGUCCCAUCUGUUUCAUUCACCUCUCUCUUUUCCCCACCUCUCUCUCUCUCUUUCUCUCUCUCUCUGUGUUUAUCUUCACCUAUGAGAAAUGUUGAAGCUAUGCAGUAGUAGUACUUCAGUGCCUCUUCAUCUGCCUCUCUCUUUAUCUCCUCCUCUCCUUCUCUCUCUCUCUCUGUUCUCUGCUCACACCAGCGUAAACGGUAGCGUGUAACAGUAUGGGCUAUUUUUAGCUGGACUCCUGAGGUGGGAUGUUUCUCUGUGAUGGUACCUGCUGUUACUUACCUCAUGCAGCACGCAAGGACGCCAGCGGAACUGGUCCACAGCGGAGUGUACUAAUUACGUGUCAGGUGGGAAUGUGAAGGACUGUAUUAAAUCUGAUAAAAGUAGUUCCUCUGUUGUGCUGAUCUGAGGCCAGUUUAGUCUUUUUUCUGUUGUUUUUAAUGUAGAAAUUCUGUUUAAGGUAAAGAUCAGUGCUCAGACAGCUGGAUUUAGGAUUGGAGUGAAAAUACAGUAAAAUAUCUGCCCUAACUGUAUGAUUUUGUAAUAUGAUAAAAGACAAACAAUGCCAAAGCUA